AUGGCUGACCCAUUCGCCCCAAAGACGAUGAAGAGGAAGAACAAGAAGGGCCUUGCACUGAGCGCUCCCCCGCCAAAGCCCGCGCCCUCAGAGAGUGAUGCACAGGCACCAGGUGGUCUGGGCAAUGCUAAAGAAGAGACCCUCGAAAUUGGUGUUGAGUUUCAGUUGGACUUGAAGGCAGAGGAUUUGAUCGUUCUGCGAGAACUAGGCUCAGGAAACGGAGGCACAGUCAGCAAGGUCCAGCAUGCAGCUACCAAAGUAAUCAUGGCGAGGAAGGUCAUACACGUCGAAGCGAAGAAUGAAGUACGGAAACGCAUCGUGCGAGAGUUGCGCAUUAUGCACGAGUGCAACUCGCCCUACAUUGUUGAUUUCUAUGGCGCAUUCCAGAACGACUCUGGGGAUGUCAUCAUGUGCAUGGAGUACAUGGAUGUGGGAUCUCUGGACUGGGUAUCUCGUCAAUUCGGUCCUGUACGUGUCGACGUCCUCGGAAAGAUUGCAGAAGCCGUGCUCGGUGGUCUCAGCUACCUCUACAGCGCCCACCGCAUUAUGCACCGCGACUUGAAGCCAUCGAACAUCCUCAUAAACUCAAAGGGUCAAAUCAAGCUCUGUGAUUUCGGUGUUUCCAGUGAGCUUGAUGGAUCCAUCGCCGAGACUUUCGUGGGAACAGGCACAUACAUGGCCCCGGAGCGCAUCCAGGGUUCACCUUACACCGUCAAGUCAGAUGUAUGGAGUGUUGGUCUCUCGAUCAUGGAGCUGGCUAUUGGCAAAUUCCCCUUCUCUGGAAGCGCAGACGACGACGAUGCUGGCGGACCACAGGGUAUCCUUGAUCUCCUGCAGCAGAUCGUUCUUGAGCCGGCACCGAAGCUGCCCAAGAGCGAUGCUUUCCCCUCCAUACUGGAAGACAUGGUCGCCAAGUGCUUGUUGAAGGAUCCUAAGGAGCGACCAACGCCUAAGGAGCUCUAUGACCACGAUGCCUUCCUUCAAGCCGCGAAACGCACACCGGUCGACCUCGAGGCAUGGGCGACAAGCAUGCUCGAACACAACAAGCGCAAAUCACAUCUCGCCCCUUCCGUACUAUCGAGCAACAUCCGCGAGAAGUUGCAGAACCAGGAGCCUGCUCCAAGGAGAGGGUCCGCCGAUAUCAGACAGCAAGAAUCCUCGUCGAGAAGAGGUUCUGCUGAUAUCAGGCAAGACCAGGGACCAGCGCCUCCGCGUCCGACAUACCCACAACGAACAUCGAGCAGCAUUAGCCACCACAGCCAGUCGAACAGCCAGUCAAGUCAGGGCGGUCAAAUGUCACUCCCAAUGCGACCUGCGCCACCGACAUCGAAUGGGUCGAAUUCGAGACCCCAGUCGAGAGGGCCGCCGCUCAACGGUGGACUACCACCUGCGCCACGGAGAAUGUACAGCGACGUGCAGUAG